CAUAGUGAUAGGUCACGCCUCACGGCACUCAGUUUGACGUUUAUUAUCUUUAUCGCACAAGAGUUUAAAAGUGUGUUAUAUUUACUUAGUGAUUGCACAUGAUAUCAAAAGUGUUUUCUAGUGAACCUCGUCUGCUAUGACAAAAAAGAUCGCUAUGCUGCUGUGAAUAAACCAAAAGCGAUUCAUAAAUCGAGGUUGUUUAAUAUGGAUCGAUAGUUCAUUGUUUGACGAACACAAGGUAAUGGUCUUAUUUAUUUAAGACAAAAGGCAGAGGCUCCGUCCGUCCUUCACACGUUAGAACAUCGUUAUCAAUGCACGUAACUGAUCGGUUUAUUUAGAGGUGAUUAUUGAAGGAACUAAGCAGUGCAUGUAAGUACUCACGCUAAGAGCACGUCAUUCGUAAUUAUUACACUUUUGAGACGUAAAUUUUACUAAUAUUUGGUGAACUCUUCGCUGGUGGUGGUAUUUUCGCUUUCUGCUACAGAUUAUUACAUGUUAGUAACAUAUUAAAGCUUGCUAACCAGUGUUAUCAUGUACUAGUAACUUGUAUCAUGGCUAAUGCAAGAAAUAGAGUUAACUCAUCCAAAACUGUGUCAAAGAGAGUAAAAGGGAGUGGUAAAAUUGGUAAACACAAACAAUCGUUAUCAGGUUUUCGUAAUGUCAGGACACGCUCUGUCACGAAAAAUACUUUACAGUUAAAAGAAAAGGUCAAAUCUACGUUAAAUCAGCCUGGUAAGAACAAUUUACAGGACACAGUGCUCAUAACAAAUUCCAAACUAAAAAGAAAUUUUCGUAUAGUGAAGGAUACAUUUUUCAAUGAAAAUGGAAUCAUUAAAAGAAAAAACAAAGAUAAUUUAAGAAUUUGCAAUGAUAUUUUGAAAAAUGAAUUAUUGAUACAAGAUAAAAAGGUAAAGCCAAAAACUAAAGCUGAAAAAAGUGGUUCAAACAACAAUAGCAUCAUAGCCAGUGAGAAAAAGUCUAACAGUGCAAAAGUAUUGGAAAUUAAUGCAAAAACUAAAGUGCAGAAAACCACAAAGAGACACCAGGGUCGAAGUCUACGUGCACGUAAAUAUCCACAAAACAACCGGAAACCUAAAAAAGGACUUUUCCAAUGUGAUUAUUGCCAAAAACAAUUUGAUAACAAAUCGUCAAUAAGAAGACAUGUGUAUUUACAUCUUAAUGUCAAGACAUUUCCAUGCAGUCAAUGCAAAAAGGUGUUCCGAAAGCAACUAUACUUGUCAGCUCAUGUCACAAGACAACACCCUGAUUGGGGUCAACAUUACAUGUGCAACUUAUGUGAUAAACCUUUUUUGAUGAGAGAAAACCUUAUAGCACAUAUGGCUUCACACACUAACACUGAAACAAUGUUCAAGUGCAUAUACUGUAAAGAGAAAUAUUCUAAUCAAAAUGAUUUAAUAAAACAUGAAAAGCAACAUCUUGUCUGUGGCAUGUACUACUGCAUAAUAUGCCAACAAAGCUUUGACUGCAGGAAUAAGCUGUCAAUGCAUUUCAAGACACAUCUCAAAGUUAAAGACUUCAUUUGUCAGCAUUGUGGUAAGGAGUUUUUACGCAUGAAUUCUAUGAGGCGUCAUGUACAAAUCAGUCAUGCUGGUGUAAGAAUUCAGUGUACUAUAUGUAAGAAGUACUUAAAGGGUCAUCUGACUGAACACAUGCGUACACAUGAGAAUCAACGCCCCCAUAAAUGCCCAGACUGUGGACAGUCCUUCACACAGUCAACUCAGCUGACUGUCCAUCGCCGUUCACAUACAGGAACCCGUCCCUAUGCUUGCAGGAUAUGUAAACGGCCAUUCACUCAUUCUAAUGCACUCAUGUUGCAUAUCCGACGUCAUACUGGUGAAAAGCCAUUCCAAUGCGCGAUGUGCCCAAUGUUCUUUUCACAAUUACCACACAUGAAAGCCCACAUGAGAACAAUUCAUGGUAAAGAAAACCCUUAUAAGUGUAAAAAGUGUCAACAGUUUUUUAAAUUGAAAGUUGAUAUCGAGAACCAUGCAAAGGUCUGUAAAGUGGGAGAGAAGGAACUAUCCUUUGAGGAGAAGAUUGAAGCUUCAGUCAAGGUGCAAGAGGAAGACGUUGUCGAGUCAGUCAUGACUUUGUCACGGAUGAGAUUCUUAUUGGCUCUCCUGCUAACCAUGAUUGCAACCAAAGAAAAACUCCAUUACUUAGGUUUCAAUAAACGUCUCAUAGAUGAUCUACUUGUGGAAUCGCUGGAGGCUAUGGGCCACCAUCCUUGCAAUGAUGAGACCCUAGCACCGUUAAAACGUCUGAAAACAAAUAUAGAGAUAUUAUUGAACGGAACGGUACCAAAGGAACAGAUGGCAAAGUUUAAGAAGGAACAGAAACGAACAGAGGAUAUUCUGGAACUUCUUACUGAUGAGAAGAAAUAGGUAAAUUGCAUGAUAUGAGUAUAUCUUUGUUCUUCAUGAAUACAUGGAAUGAAGAUAUACUCACAGCCUUCGGUAUUGUGGGAUGAGAAUUUUUAGCUGUCUUUUAUAUUACUGAUACAAUUACAAGGUUAGUUGGAAAAGGCGUUACCAAUGGGAUAUUCCAGUCUAUAAUAAUAAAAAAUUUUUGUUUCAUAACACUUUCCUAGAAUCGACCCAGCAACUUUCUUAAAAAAUAUCCGGUCACAACAUUAACAUCAGCUGUAUUUUCAAUAAUUAAAGGUCACAGAUUGUUAUGGUAACAGAAAAAAGUUACACUAGAUUAUAAAAACGUGCCAAGUGCCGAUAAAUGCUAUUAGUAAUUGAAGUAUGUUUUACAGCAAAACAAAGUGACUGACUAAAUUAUCCGUUUUAGACAGCUCAGUAAAGUGCGCGCUGACACACACAUGAGGGCACAUGCACCCAACACGCACAUAAGCGAACAGACACACACUCUUACACUCACACGUAUGUACACACGCACGCACGCACGCACACACACUCACACACGCGCUGUGAUGUUCGUUUUUGGAAUCUGUAUUUAUGCCCAAUGGAUGACAUUUUAAAUUUAGAUUAAAAAUUUCAUCUUAUGGGCAUAAAUAUAUAUCAUACAUGAAACAUUAUGUUGCUGUUAAAUAAUACUUUUUGAAGGUGGUGCAGUAAUUCAUAAUUACCUUGUAAGUUGUGUAAUGUUAUGUAACUGAAUAACAUCAUUAUUUAUUUUACUUUUUGAUUUAAUUAUCAGUAGCAUAAAAUUAUUGGAAUUCCAUCCUAUUUAUUGCGCACAUAAACAUCACAUUUUUUCUUUAUAUUUAAGAAGUUAAAUUUUAUAAAUGCAAGUAUAUUGUUAUAUCUUAUAAAAAUGGAGAGUUUUGUUAAUAUUGUGUUUAAUAUUUUUUCGUUAAUUCAGUCUAAUUUCUUUAGUCCAUGAAAAUAUUUGUUGAAUAUAUAUUUACAAAAAUCUGGAAUUCAAAAAGUAAUACACACUUUAUAUUAUCCCUAGAUGAACUCAUGUCGUGAGAUAUUUUAUAUCUUUAUUAAAUUAAAUAAUUCAUGACUUGUGAAAUCAUAGGAUAUUAAAUAUGCCUUCUAAUUUUUUUCUAUUAGUAAAACAAAUUCGCUUACUCGGAAUUCGAGUCAAUUGUAUUAGGGCAUCCAAAAAGCUAAAUUCCUAAAUACGUAGCAAAAAUUUUUUUUCUUUUUUAAAUUUGCUCCCAUUUUAAAAUUGAGUUGCUUAAAAAUAAGGAUUAAAUAAGUUUGACACAGAACUAACAACAUACAGAGACUGUGUACACGACUAAUAUUUAAGCAUCAAAAACCACUCUAUUUUAGUAGUUUUUCUAUGAAUUGUAUUGCGUCGAAAGAGCGCCAUCUAGGGACCAGAGGUGGCUCUUUCGACGCCAUACAAAUAAUAAGUAGUUAACUUUUACGCGAUUUAAAAGAUAAAAUAUCUCAUUAUAUAAAUAUCUUCAACUACUAAAUGGAAUGAAUUGACUAACCCCCUGUUCGCGACCACUAAAAUAGAGUGGUUUUUGGUGUUCUAAACGUUUACCAUAAAAGAGAAAAAGUUUGUGAGCUAGCAACAUUCCGCGGGUGUGAAGUCGCGGGGGUCAUUUUCACUGGUUUUGGACACAAUGCACUUAAUGCAAUAUGGCUGAAUAAGGGAUCUGUAUGUUUUUAAUUCUAGUAGUAAUAUAAAAUAAAGACAAAUCAAAUGUAAGGCUUGCCAUAAAAACUAAGAAGUGAUAAGUCCAAAGUUUUUAAUUUAUUGUAUUAUUCUAAUGUUAUUUUACUAAUAACUAUUUGAUAUUAUUAUA